UCACCGAAUUCUUCAGUAAGAUUUCAUAAUGAAGGUUUUGCAAAUCGCUCUUGUGUUUUCCGCCAUUUUGGCCAUUGCUUUGGCCGCAAAUGCCAGUUGGGGUGCCAAAUUAUCCAGCAGUAAGCUGGCUAGCACCCAAAACGUCACCAUUCACAAGAAGGUCAAUUAAAAUGUGACAACUAAAAUUAUUUUCCCACUGACGGGCCAGACUAACACCAAAACUAUUCGGUACAUAAGCAUUAUUGAUAGGUUCACCAACAGCUCGGGACCCUACUCGACCUUGCUAAGUGGUGGUCCAGGUUUCAUAUCCGCCCAAGUCAAUGUCACCAGCCAGCCAUCCCAAGGAAUCAACAUCACUGCCCAAUUCUGGGUCGAUGCCUAAACACAUUUUGCAAAUUAAAU